GCGUCAGAAUCAGAGCCGAAACUAGGCUAAAUAUCUUUGCAUACUUUUGGGCCAGCGUUUCAGCACACACAAGCACACAGAAAGAGCGACUGACAGACAGACAGGUCCUGCGCCUGCGGUCGCCGACAUUUGAACCUAUUCCAAGCCCCAGCGCUGACCGCUGACCGCGCCGAGCACCGGGCACCGGGCAGGCCGUGCAUCUCCGCAUCCGCAACCGUGUCCGUGGCGUCCUCGUUUGCAGCUUUCUUUAGCUUUUGGCAGCAGUUGAAAAUGUGCAAUAAGAGUGAGAGAAAAUAAAGAAAAGCGAACAAACACAAACACACAGCGAAAAGGACAAGCGCAAAAAGAGUUCAGUUCGGUUUCGGUGCAGUGGCUCAGAGUGGUGCAACGGUUCAACAGCCUCCGGGUGCCGUGCUCCGUGCUCCGUGUUCCGGGUACCGGGUUGUUCGGGGCAAGCACAACUGCAAAUUCGUGAGUGCAGUGCAGCCCGUCGUCGCUUCGUCCCGGCUUCGUGUGCGCAUCCUGUUUGUCUUUCAGCGCCCUGUGUGUGUCCGUGUGUGCAUGUGUAUCCUGCAACAGUAGCGGCAGCAUCAGCAGCAGCAGCAUCUCUGCAGCGGCGAAAAUUGUGUCAGCAGCAGUAGCAGCAGCAGCAACUUCUGCAGUUCGCCAGUCUGGCGCCUCCAUCUCCAAUUGCCGGUGCAGCGGCGGCCCAACUGCGUCAAAGUGUUAAAAGUGCCAUUGCGAGAAUGCCACCUCGCGGCCCUACGUCAUAGUCAACCACCAGCACCAGCACCCAGCAUCAGAUCUGCCUGCAGCAUUCAGCAUUAAGAGAAAUCAUCACUAGCCAAAGCACGAGCACUCAGCACAAACCAACAACCCAGAGAAGAGUUCAACUUCAACACAGCCAAAUCGAACGCAACAAAGCUUCCAGUAUCCAGAAACCAGAGGAGUUCCAAUUCCCACUUCCCCCCACACACUUCCAGAGCGAAGCACAGGAGCAAGCCAGCCCCAGAGCAGAGCCAGCCAGCACUAUCCAAUUAGUUGUUAAUUGAAACUAUCAGAUCACUGCUCCGCCAUGCAGCUGUUCCUUAAGUCCAUAGCCACCUGCGCAUUAUUCGUGUUCUUCAUCUAUUCCACGGCCCAGUCUCUGGCAAAGGUGCAGGAUGUAGAUGAUGGCACGAGGGUGUCGUACAGGUCGUCAUUGUUGAACAGGACCGAUAUCAGCCAAAACCAGAGUCCCUUCCACAGUCGACGGCUGCGGCAGGCCCCAGACGAUGGUGGACUGGAAGGGACUGAGAUUUCAUUUAAAGAAGAGAAUGUUAAGGAUCUAGCAACGAAAACCGACUCGGAGGAGAUUCGAGUCUGCGGCGAGGGCCUGGUACUGCCACUGUGGAUGCCGCAGAAGAAUAUCUCAAUGGGAGAUCGUCUGAUACGCGGCUUUGUGUACUUCCUGCUGCUGAUAUAUCUGUUCGUUGGGGUGUCCAUCAUCGCGGAUCGGUUCAUGGCGUCCAUCGAAGCGAUCACGUCCAUAGAGCGGACCGUGGUGGUGCGUGGACCCAACAACGAGAAACAAACAAUGCACGUCCGCAUCUGGAACGAGACGGUGGCCAAUCUCACGCUGAUGGCACUGGGAUCGAGUGCCCCGGAGAUUCUGCUCUCCGUCAUCGAGAUCUAUGCCAAGGACUUUGAGAGCGGCGAUCUUGGGCCGGGCACCAUUGUCGGCUCGGCUGCCUACAAUCUGUUCAUGAUCAUUGCCGUGUGCAUGGUAUGGAUACCGGCGGGAGAGGUGCGUCGGAUCCGGCAUCUGCGCGUCUUCUUCGUCACCGCCCUCUUCUCGAUCUUCGCCUACGUCUGGCUAUGGAUGAUCCUCUCCGUCAUCUCCCCGGGCAUCAUCGAGGUGUGGGAGGCAAUUGUCACCCUGCUCUUCUUCCCAAUCACUGUGAUUUGGGCCUACAUUGCCGAGCGCCGCAUGCUCGUCUACAAGUACAUGGACAAGAACUUCCGCGUGAACAAGCGCGGCACUGUGGUGGCCGGCGAGCACGACCAGGUGGAGAUGGAUGCGGAGAAGGGACACCAUCCGAUGGUCGGCUUCCAGUCGCACCGCAACUCCGAUGCCGAGGCCUUCGACGAGGCGCGACGCGAGUACAUCAACGUGCUGUCGGAGCUGAGGCAGAAGUACCCCGAGGCGGACCUGGACCAGUUGGAGAUGAUGGCCCAGGAGCAGGUCAUCUCGCGCGGCAACAAGUCGCGCGCCUUCUACCGUGUCCAGGCCACCCGCAAGAUGGUCGGCAGCGGCAACUUGAUGCGCAAAAUCCAGGAGCGCGCCCACAGCGAUCUCACCGAGGUGAAGGCCCAGCUGCAGCAGAGCGACGAGGAGGAUCCCGAUGAGCAGCCAACCCGCGUCUACUUCGAGCCGGGCCACUACACCGUUAUGGAGAACUGUGGCGAGUUCGAGGUGCGCAUUGUGCGCCGCGGCGACAUCCACAACUACUCGACCGUCGAGUACGAGACGCAGGACGGCACAGCCGUCGCCGGCACCGAUUUCAUUGGCAAGAAGGGAGUGCUCAGCUUCCCCCCGGGCGUCGACGAGCAGCGCUUCAAGAUCGAGGUCAUCGAUGAUGACAUCUUCGAGGAGGACGAAUGCUUCUACAUCCGUCUGUUCAAUCCAUCGGAAAAUGUGCUGCUGUCGGUGCCCCAGAUAGCCACCGUAAUGAUUCUGGACGAUGAUCAUGCCGGCAUCUUUGCCUUCUCGGAUUCCUCCUUUGAGAUCAGCGAAUCGGUGGGACUCUACGAGAUACCGGUGAUGCGCUACUCCGGAGCUCGUGGCACUGUCAUUGUGCCCUAUUGGACCGAAGAUGAGACCGCAGUCGGUGGAAAAGACUUUGAGGCCGCACGCGGCGAACUGAUCUUCGAGAACAAUGAAACAGAACAAAAAAUCCAAGUACUCAUACUGGAGGAGAGCAGCUACGAGAAGGAUGUCAGCUUUAAGGUUCACAUCGGAGUGCCACGAUUGGCACCAGAUGACUUUAAUAAGGAAUCAUUUUUCAAUCGAUUUUUUGAAAAACACGAACACACUGGAGAUCAUACUUACGAUGAACUUCAAGCUAAAAUCCAAGAGGUGGAGAACAAGGACACCAAGGAUUUAACCGAACUGGAUCGCAUCCUGUUGCUGAGCAAGCCCAGGAACGGAGAGCUGACCACCUCACAUGUCCGCAUUCGAGAGAGCAAGGAAUUUAAGGCUACUGUCGACAAACUGGUGGCCAAGGCGAACACUUCAGCCGUGCUCGGCACAUCCUCCUGGAAGGAACAGUUCAAAGAUGCUCUCACCGUCAUCCCAGCCGAUGAAAGUGAGUUCGAUGAUGGGGACGAUGAUGUGGAGGAGGUGGUGCCCAGCUGCCUCAGCUACAUCAGCCACUUUGUCUGCCUCUUUUGGAAGGUUCUCUUUGCAUUUGUGCCGCCCACAAAUAUUUGCGGCGGCUAUGUGACCUUUGUGGUUUCGAUAUGUGUCAUUGGCAUCAUCACCGCCGUCAUUGGGGAUGCCGCCUCCUAUUUCGGUUGCGCCCUCAAUAUCAAGGAUUCGGUUACCGCCAUUCUUUUUGUGGCCCUGGGCACCAGCAUACCAGACACAUUUGCCAGCAUGAUUGCGGCCAAGCACGACGAAGGUGCCGACAAUUGCAUCGGCAAUGUCACGGGCAGCAAUGCGGUCAACGUAUUCCUGGGCAUUGGGCUGGCCUGGUCCAUUGCCUCCAUUUACCACAUGUCCCAUGGCAUGACCUUCAACGUGGAGCCCGGAACGAUUGGCUUUGCAGUGGGUCUCUUUGUGGCCGAGGCAUUGGUGGCCGUCGCUGUGAUCAUGUUCCGGCGCUGGAACAAGAAUAUUGGCGCUGAGCUGGGCGGUCCCAAGAAUUCCAAGUACAUCAGCGCCUCAAUUCUGGUGUUCCUCUGGGUAUUCUACGUAGUCAUCUGCACCCUGGAGGCCUACGAUAUCAUCAGGAUCUAAGCGUCGGCUCAAAGGGAAAUCUGAAAAGAAUGGAAGGAAAAAGGGAUUAAAAACCGCACGCGAAGAAGCUGUAGGAAGGAUAAACUUAUAUAUAUAUGUAUAUGUACUUAUGUGCUAUAUGUAUAUGUAUAUGUAUUGAUAUUUAUUGUGUAAAAUUUAUGUUAAUGUUAAGAGUAAAAUGAGUAAAUGUUUAACUAGGUUUGUAAGUUCGGGGCAUACAUUUUAUUUUAAAUAUUGUGUAUCUACUAUUUUACGAUUACGAUUACAAUUACAAUUACAAUUACAGUUACACUACAUUACUCUCUUUAUUAUUGAUAUAUAUGUACGUAUAUGUAUACGGAAGAUAUGAAUUGUAAAUACAGAAAGGCUGCCACGGCUCAGCAAUCUUGUAAUUGUGACGAGAUCAUUCAUUGUUUUGCCAUAUAUACUUAAUUACACAUACUCUAAAAUACACUAUUAUACAUACAUAUUUAUUAUUAUAUCAUUCUGCGUACAACUUAAGUCAUUGUUGUUGUUUGUUAAAGCUGUACUUAAUCCAAGUCCAAGUUGAAUUCGAAUUUAAGUUUUUGAAAUUGAAAUCGUCUCUCCAUUUGUCCGCGAAAAAUCAUUGUUAAUUUAAUACAUGUGUAAGUUUUAGCAGAGAAAUUAAAAAUGUUUUAGCCAACAAACAAACAAAGCAAAGCAGACCCCAGAGAUGAUCCCUCUGAGCUAAAUACAACUACUAACACUAACACAAACAACUACUACUAAUACUAAUCUAUUCGUACUAUUAACACUUAGGCAGACUACCCAACAAACUGCGAGUAGCUCUAAGUAGUCCCUCCCUCCAUACUAACUGACUCUUUUCUUCUUGAACUCUGACCAAAUGCAAAGUGGCGGCACUUACUACUUACUAGCCUAGCGAUUAGCCCCGUAAGACCAUCAGUGAACAGGAGCAGCACUAAUCAAUUUACUUAAAACAAAACCAACAAAAAAUAAAACAAAACAAAGACUUUCAAUUUGCUUAUGUCGCGACUGGCAGUGAUCGAACGAAAAACGAAGUAG